AUGAAUUUCGUUGAAGAGUAUGAAAUCAGAAAACUUAAAUUCACCGCAAUCGAUCGAUGUAAAGCAGCUAACGCAAGCGAUUUUUUAUGCAGCAACACUUCACGAAAAGUUAAAAGACCUUCCAAUCAAUUCAUAAUUUUUAGCACAAUCUACGGGAAAUUAUUAAAAGACAUAGUCAACGAAAUCUCAACUCGUAUCGAUAUUCCAAAUGACGCAAAAAAACUUUUAACGCAGAAAUUAUGUUCAAUAGUAUGGAAUGAAAUGAACAAACAAGAAAAAAGUUGUUUUAAUACGCUGGCCAAACAAAUAAAAGAUCAACAUACGCAGAGAUUUCCUGACUAUUCAUUUAAUCCAAAUAAAGCACGCAACCUUAAUCCUACCUCAAUGGUAUAUUCGUCGUUGGAAUCCAUGAAGCUUCCACUACUAUUUUUUUCACCAGUAGGAUUAAAUUCUCCGACACCGUCGUUGUUGUCAUUACCUCUAGAAUUUAACGAAUUCGAAGAUAAUGACUAUCACUUAUGA